AUGGCUCAGUCUGAAGCCGGCGGCAAUUUCAAAAGCUACUCUUGCUUGGCAUGUCGGCAGCGAAAGGUCAAAUGCGACCGGCGUGCUCCGUGUUCCAACUGUGUCAAGGCCGACAAGCAAUGCAGCUUCAUUCCCCCGACGCGCGGGAAGCGUAAAAGGACCAAACCUCCCCGAGAGGGUCUGCACGCCAAAUUGGAACGGUACGAGAAACUGCUGAGUUUACACGGCAUCAAAACUGAGCCCUCUCAUGAUCUCGAUGACUCCGACUCCGAAACUGAUGCGUGGAUGAACGAGGAUGCCAAUGCUGUCGUCACCACAAUCGAGGAGACGAAACCAAAACUCGUCAUAAGAGAAGGGGUAUCCCGAUACUUUGACAGUGCACCUUGGUCUACUUUCGGCGGCGAAUUUCAACAUCCGGAAGUCGGUAGUAGGCCUACAGAUGAAUCGUUUCUCGACGAAAGCGGGUUGUUCUUCAUUCAGAAUGAGAAACUCGAAAAUCUCGCAAGCCUCCACCCGUCCGUUCAGAUACUGCCAAAGUUAAGGGAGAUAUACGUCGAUCGGGUUGACCCUCUGGUUAAAAUCUUGCAUCUUCCGACAUUCUGGACUGCGUUAACAAAUGGACUGCGACAUCCAGCGGAGCGAUCCAAAAGUCUAGAGGCUAUGAUGUUCGCUUUCUACCUGGCGAUCGUUAGCACUCUCAAUGACGACGAGUGCCAGGAUCUAUUUGGAGUCUCGCAAUCGGUCACGUAUCCCCGCUAUAGACUCGCAAGUCGUCAAGCUCUGGUCAAUGCCAGAUUCCUGUCGACUUCCGAUCCAAUGACCCUUCAGGCUUAUGCAAUGUUCAUGGUAAGCGACGCUAUCCAGCCCUUUUUCACGAGUCUAACGAAGAAGAUGUGCGUCCGAAAAAGUCACCCAUGUGACACCUUAUUUGUCUUGUCCGGCGUCGCCAUCCGGCUGGCACGCAAAAUGGGAUUCCACCGCGAUGGCUCAUUUCUUGGACUUUCGCCAUUCGACACCGAAAUGCGGAGACGACUGUGGUGGCAUUUGGUCCAUGUGGACUUUCGCAUAGCCGAUGUGCUGGGGACAAGACCGUCCAUGGAUCUUUCCUGCGCGGACACCAAAAUGCCACUCAAUGUCGACGACGAGGAUCUCCAUCCAGACAUGACUGACCUGCCCCCUAUACGCAACGGCAUUACCUCUAUCUCCCUUUGCCUGAUCAGACACGAGAUCAUGGUCUCCUUGCGUAAUCUCUCGACAUCGUCUCCUGCCGACUUGCGCUGGGAAGUACUCCUGGGGCCCAAUAUCACCCCGGCCAAAAAGGACAAUAUCAUCUGCCAAAUCGAGGAUCAUUUAGAACGAAAGUACUUGCGGUAUUGCGACCCGGCAAACCCGCUCCAUACUUUCGUAUCGAUCAUGAUCCGGUUCUGCAUAUGCAAGAUGAAGCUCGUUGCUCAUAACCCGCGCCAAUUCGCCAGCAGUCCCCCCAAAGACCCCCAAAGUGAGCGCGACAUGGUAUUUGCUAAUGCCACCAAGUUAUUGGAAUAUGUAACUUUGGUGCAAGGCGGUCAUCGCGGUCUGGAGAAAUACACGUGGCAGAUAGGCACAAGCGCUCUGUGGAACGCAAUGCUUUACGUGCUUAUCGAAGUUCGACAUCGCAAAACCGGGCCGGAGGUUGACCGGUCCUGGCAGUUGAUCGGAGUCGUGUUCUCUUGCCCUCGAGCCUUUGGCAGAACCGCUGAACCCGUGGAUACGGUGCUCCGCAAGUGGACACUGGAGGUUUGGGACCACUACGUUGCUGCUUCGAAGGCUGAGGGGCUGCCGGAACCAUCAACCCCUGAGUAUAUCCAUGCAAUUCGCAGUAGGAUCAGAGUUCGCUCGGCUGCAACCAAAUACAAUCCCACGCACGUGAAAGUCUUCCUGAUCUCGGACUUGAGUCUUACGAGUUUCCUGAUAUUCUGUCCUUCGAAAUGGAUCCGAAUGAAUGGGUACAGUGGGAACAAUUGGUCGCGGAGGGAGGCUUCCCCUGAGUGCGACUACGUCCUGGAGGAGGCAGAAGACACCGCUGUCAUGCUCAUCGGCGUCGAGGCAGAACUACCCUUUGCUCUAGGCGUGGCAGGAAAACUCAAAGAGACUCAGUGUAUUGUCGCGCAGGUUGCCAGUUUUCCCUGCCAGCGGCUGUUCGAGCAGCAAUCGGUGGAGUACAAGCGUUGGAAAGGAAACAGCUAG